AUGCAGGGGUUUGUGCAGGAAGAACUGCAGAAGCUAGGAGCUACGCAAGACCUACUCCGGGGGAAGGUUGCAUCUUUCGAAGCCUCGGAAAAGGAAGUAAACCAACAGACCUCGGGGGCGAAAGAAGACAUGAACGUUGUUCUUGAGGAGAUCAAAGUUCUUCGGGAAGACGUCAAGCGCAAAGUUGGCGAAGGACUGAAUGGACUAUCCGCAGCUGCUGGACGUAUAUCAGCUGAAGUCAUCAACGAGCUGGGGUCUUUCCAUACUCAGCUCCACACUUCCUACAGCUCGCUUGGAAAGGAUUUUAAAACCCUCUUCGAAGAGCUUGUCAAGCAUGUCAAUUCACAGAAGGAUGAAGCCGAUAGUCUCAGACAGAAAGCUUCGGCUGCUGCAAAGGGUGCGAUCCAAGCAGAUGGAGAUGUGUCCGCUCGAUUGGAGACAUGCCUCAACGAAGAGCGCGCUCAAGCCUCUAAGGAUCGUCAAAACCUGCUCGCGCAAAUAACAACUCUUAUCAAUCGAUCUGCCGAGGAGCAAGGUUCACGAUGGGAGUCGAAGAUCACUGCCGUGCGAAAGGAUAUCACGUCUGCGAGAUCGACGCUUGACACAGCAAAUGAGAACUACAACAACAAUAUGGACGUCUGGUCAGAGAAGGAGAACUUGCUUGUCGGCGAGGUCUUGAAAUCUAAGGACACCCUAAAGAGCAAGAUGAAGGACGAUUGGAAGGCCAUCAAUGAGCAUAACGUCUCGAUCCAGGCCACGACCAAGUCGGUCCAUGAAGAGACAAUCCGCAUAGUCGACGCUCAGAUGAAGGACAUGGCUACCCAGAUGCAAGCACUCGACGACUUUGUGACACGAGCACGAUCUCAGAACGAACGUCAUCACAGCAGACAUGUUACCUCGUUGCAAGGCUUAGCAUCUACCGUUCACCAAUCCUACUCAAGCAUUGGCGAUCAUUUUGUCUCGACGUAUGACCGAGUCCGUGAAAUUGGAGCCGAUGUGUCUACCCAGAGCACGGCCCUAUCGGCUUCUCUACCUCCUCUUGAUUCAACAAUUCAGCAGCCUCUUGCAGAGCUUCGUGCCGACAUUACAGCUGCACCUCUAAAGGAAUACGUCCCCACUGGCGAAACGCCCCGAAAGACGCAAUAUCAGUACCCAACCACUCUUUCACGUACCGAGCCUCACGACAAAAUCCUUGGCAAGCAAGCUCCUUCAUCACCUCGUCAGGCCAUUAGCACCCAUUCCCCUAACAAAUCUCCGAGCAAAUCAAUUGUCUACACCGACGCACCAGCCAUCAACGGCAUUCCGCCGACAUCUCCUUCCAAAGACCUCAACCCAGCAAGCUUACGCGAGAUCGACUUGAACGUCAACGCCUCCCUCAAACGCAACAACAGCGACUCUCAGGCCCACACUGCAGCGACAGCUAUCAAGUCAGAUCCGGAAGUAGUGGGAAUGGGUCCGCCACCUCUGAAGAGGCAGGCGACGGAAAGUAAGCUGCCGCAGAAGUUUGGAGGUGGGAGGGCCGGCAUGGUGAAGUUGGAGGGGAGAGAGAAUGUGGGCGCGGGAAGGAGGUUGAGGAAUAGUCCCACUGGUUGA